AGAAAAAAAAGGUUGCGUUAAGUGCACUAAAGCAAAGGUGAGCACCAGGAGGUGCAGCACGAGAAUCAUUCUCCUGGGCAAUUAGAGGUGUUAUCUAAGUCAGAGAUUUAAAUUGCGGUUACGGCCGCGAUUCGUUUGUCUCGGUUAUGGACAUAAUAGAUAUUAUUGCGGUCACUGCAAAUAUCGCGAUCCUGAAAUUUUUUUUUUAAAUUUACACAACUUAUUAUAAAACAUAAUAGCGAUUUUGGCUGUAAUAAUUUUGGACGGUGCCGCUACCCACUAUAUAGAGACCACUAUAGUAAUAUCAGACCGCUAUUUAAAUCCCUAAUCCAAACACUUCAUUAAUGAGAUUUAACACAAAAACUGAUUCAAACACAUUGAAAUGGGCUAACUGUUCAUCUAAAAGAGGCCAGCUGAGUUGAAACGAUGUGUUGUGGGAAACAUUGCAUAAAAGUCGAGGUUAAGAUUGAAUAGAACGGAGCGGUGCCAACUAUUAGGAACACCAGUUUUGGAGUGACUGGAAGACGGAGAUCGAAGAUGGUGAGAGAUUUGCCUAACCUAAGAAAAUUCAAUGAACUGAUGAAGGAGAAAAAUGGAGGAUUUGAUUUAGGGAUUUUGAUUUGGGGUUUGAAUGAAAUAAUGAAGAAGAAUAAUGGAGAGUUUAAUUUAGGGCUUUUUGAAGAAGAAGAAUGUAUUUGGGAGUUUGAAUGAGCUCAUGAUUGAUGAAGAACUAAAGUAAAGAAAAACGGAUGCGAUUGAUUUGGUGUAGGGGGAAUUGGGAAAAUGGUGGAGCUAGUUGGGGCGGAUGAGCUUUUGGGGAAAAUGGGGUGAAGUAAAAGCCUAAAAAGUUUCAAAUAUUUCAAAAUUAAUUUUUUUUAAAAUUUUUUAAGAACCAUUUAAAUUUAUAGUUUUAUAUCGAUUUGCGGAUUUUGGUAGGGAAGAAAAUAAAAGCAAACUUUGGACUUAUAGUUUUACCGAUUUGCGGAUUUUGAUGGGCCUUUGGUUGAAGGCUUUGUUUUUUUUCUUAUGUACAUGUAUUUGUGCCCUUUUCCUUUUAUCUUUGGGCUCACGAAGAUGGGGAGGCAGGAAGGACAGGACGACUAUUUCUAUCUAUUUCCUACAUACACUCUUACCCGCCUGCCUGCCUCUGCUUACUCAUCCCAUCCUCCAUCCUCAGUGGGUGGAUUACUUUGCGUUUAUGAAAAGACUAAUUAAUGCUUCCCACGCUUUUCCUCACACACAAUCAUCACAAGGAAGUGAACAACUAACUAAUAUGGUUGAUAGUAGUAGUGAUGACAGAGUCAGAUCCUCAUCUGUUGACGCUGCUAGAUUUCACAAGGAAUAUGGACUUGAUGGAUUGGAAUUUGAUUCCAAAGAGGAAGCAUUUUCGUUUUACAAACAAUAUGCCAAAUCUUCAGGCUUUUCUUCCAUAAUAAAAGCUAGCCGUCGUUCAAGAAUAUCUGGUAAGUUCAUCGAUGCAAAAUUUGUAUGUACUAGAUAUGGAAAUGACCCAGAGUCUCCUCUACCUGCAUUUGCCACAACCAUUCCUGUCAAGAAGAAGAGAGGCAGACUUAACCGAUCAUGGUCUAAAACAGACUGCAAAGCUGGUAUGCAUGUUAAGAGAAGGCAAGAUGGAAGGUGGAUUGUUUGUAGUUUCAUAAAGGAGCAUAACCAUGAUACAUUCCCGGACCAAGGAUAUUACUCCAGAGGUCAUACACCUUUAGCUCUAGGUAACAGUGAUGUCAGUGCUACCGCUGGAAGAGCUAAAAAAAUGCAUCUUGCCACCUCCACACAAUCUGGUGGGCGCAAGAAACUUGAUCAUCAUACAGCUGGUGACUCAAAUCGAUUUCGUAGCUGUCAGCUAUUGGGUCUAGAGGAGGGGGAUCUUCAAGUUUUACUUGAUCGUUUUAACCAUAUGCAAGAUGAAAAUCCCAACUUCUUUUACGCAAUGGACCUCAAUGAAGAACAGCGCUUGAGAAAUGUGUUUUGGAUUGAUGCCAAAGGGAGGCUUGAUUAUAGCUAUUUUGAUGAUGUGGUUUUUCUUGACACCACAUAUAUCAAGAAUGAUUAUAAACUACCAGUUGUGCCCUUCAUUGGUGUAAAUCAUCACCUUCAGUUUCUGUUACUUGGUUGUGCAUUAGUUGCUGAUCAAACAAAAUCAACUUAUGUCUGGUUAAUGCAAGCAUGGCUUAGAGCAAUGGGUGGAAAUGCUCCUAAAGUGAUACUAACUGAUCACGACAAAGCAUUGAAAGCAGCUGUAGUAGAGGCCUUUCCUGAUUCCCGCCAUUGUUUUUGCUUGUGGCAUGUACUUAGCAAGAUACCAGAGAAGCUCGGUAAUGUCCUGGGGCAACAUGAAAAUUUCAUGGCCAAAUUUGAUGAAUGCAUCUCUAAAUCCUAUAUGGAUGAACAGUUUGAAAAUAAAUGGUUGGAAUUGGUUGAUGCGUUCAACUUAAGAAAUAACCUCUGGUUUCAAUCGCUAUAUGAAGAUCGUAAAAAGUGGGUGCCAACCUAUAUGAGAGGCGUUUUUCUUGCAGGGAUGUCCACAGUGCAACAAUCAGACAGUGUAAGCUCUCUCUUUGACAAAUAUCUACAAAGGAAAACCAUGCUAAAAGAGUUCUUGGACCAGUAUAAAACAAUUUUGCAAGAGAAGCCUGAAGAGGAAGCUAAGGCUGAUUUUGAAACUGGGCAUAAACCACCUGGAUUGAAAUCUCCAUCACUUUUUGAGAAACAAAUGGCACCUUUGUACACACAUGCAAUAUUUAAAAAAUUUCAGGUUGAGGUUUUGGGAGGAAUCGCUUGUCAUCCAAUGAAGGAAAGAGAAGAGAGAGGCACUAUGACUUUUAAGGUUCAAGACUUUGAGAAAAAUCAAGAAUUCAUUGUGGUGUGGAAUGAUACAACAUCAGAUAUAUCUUGUUUAUGUCGUGGUUUUGAAUUUAAUGGUUUUCCUUGUCGACAUAUACUGAUUAUUUUACAGUUGUCUGGGGUACAAAGCAUCCCUUCACAGCUUAUAUUGAAACGUUGGACAAAGGAUGCAAAGCACAGUCAAACUACAGUAAAACAGUCUGAUGUUGUUGAGACUAGAAUGCGACGUUACUAUGAUCUUUGCCAACGAGCCUUUAAAUUGGGUGAUGAAGGAUCUCUGUCUCAAGAGAGUUACAAUAUUAUAUUCAAUGCUCUGGAAGAAGCAUUGGGAAAAUGCGCGAGUGUCAAUUACACAAUUCAGAAUAUUACAGGACCAAUGUCAGCAGAAACUCAAGGCCCUCAUCACUUUGAAGAAGAGAACCAAAAUAGCAGCACUACCAAGGAAGUAAAAAGGACUAAAACGACCCUUAGAGAGGGAUAUCCAGAAACAGAGAUCUCAAACACUGGGAGAUGCUAUAGCUGGCAACAACUGGGUCUAUCAAAUAUACGAGUUCCGAGUCCUGAAUGUUCUUAUGAGUCGCAAGAGAACAGGCAUAGGAUGGAACAACUGCAUUCAAGAACUCCAGCUCUCAAUAGCUAUUUCGGCACCCAACAACUUAUGCAGGGACAGUUGAGCUCUACUGGUCCACCACACGAUGCUCAUUGCAUUACUCAACAAAGAAUGAAUGGGAUGGGGCAGUUACCCUUCAGACCGCAAAGUAUUUCCAGUUGUUAUGACAUUCAGGAUGGUUUACAAGAAAUGGACCAGCCUAAUGCAGGAUCCUCUCAGUUGCUCGGUAUGGCAUCAAAAAAGCUGCAUUCCAAACACAUCUCUAAAUAGGUGACACUAUAGAGCCAGUCUAACAAAGGUAGGGUUGAGUGUUGAGAGAAUUUACAACAGAGGCUGCUUGAUAUACCAACUUGAAGAUGCUAACAAACACACACACAUAUAUAUGUAUGUAUGUAUAUAAUUUCUUUUACUAUUAGUGUAUUUUUCAUGAUUAAUUCUAGUGUCUCGGUGAGGCUGCCGUAGUAGCACCUAUGCAAAUGAUAUUUUAGCGCUUGGCUUGGUUUGGCUUUAGCUUUUUGGGAAUGAUUUAUGGCUGUCGAACUCUUUUUGAAAGAGGCUUGCCAUUUGUAAAUUAUACAAAUACUGUAUUCUUUUGUUGUACUGAUAAUAAGUUAUAUGUUUCUGAAGUUACUGUUAGAA